AUGCUUUCAUCGUUGCUGUUGGCCGCGGCAGGCUUGCUUGUCAAGCCUACGUAUAGCAUUUCUCUCGAGGUGUCUACGAGUGGUGGGAACAGCUCUGGUGCACUCCCGGUGGGAAUGAUGUUUGAGGACGUCAACCACGGAGGCGACGGAGGAAUCCACGGACAGCUUCUCGGGGACAAUGCAUUCCAGGGGACAAACGCGAGUCUGUUCCGAUACGCGUCUAUUGGCAACGCGACACUCUCGAUUGAUGACACGAACCCGUUGACUUCUGCAAUAGUACGGUCACUCAAGGUCGACGUGCCAGAGGACGCUUCUGGCGAGGUUGGCUUCUCGAAUGACGGCUUUUGGGGUAUCAAGCUCCCACAAGGCACAUAUUCGACCUUCUUCUGGAUGAGCGGUGAUUACGAGGGCGAUGUGACAGUGAAGCUGGUGCCAAAGACCGGCUCAGGUACAGAAUUUGGAUCUACUACCCUUGCAAUCAAGAAAUCUAGCAAAUGGACCAAGUAUGAGGCAAAGUUCGAUGUUAAGGCUGCUCCGAACGGAAACAACGUAUGGGCCUUGACGUUUGACGGCUCGAAGACUGCGGGCUCGACCUUGUAUUUUACGUUGAUGUCGCUCUAUCUGCCGACGUAUCUGGACAAGGAGAACGGUCUCAAGCCAGAGCUCGCACAGCCGCUUGCUGAUAUCAAAGGGCGGUUCCUAAGGUUUCCAGGAGGCAACAAUCUUGAAGGCGACACAAUCGAUGGACGGCUGAGAUGGAACCAGACCAUUGGCCCACUUGAGGAUCGGCCAGGUCGCCAAGAUGUCUGGAGUUAUGCCAAUACAGACGCCAUAGGCACGCUCGAAUACCUCGAGUGGGCAGAAUACAUGAAUCUUGAGCCCAUGAUGGACAUCUUCGCCGGCCUCGCACUAAAGGGCGAAACCGUCACAGGCGACGCACUAGAACCCUACAUCGAAGACGCCCUCGCCCAGAUCGAAUACGCAGUCGGCGACUCAAGCACGCACUGGGGCGCCAUCCGCGCCUCCCACGGCCGCACCGAGCCCUUCGCGCUCAAGUACGUCGAGAUCGGAAACGAAGACAACCUGUCCAACGGCUGCGCCAGCUACGUCGAGCGCUUCCAACGCUUCUACGACGCCAUCCACGCCGCGCACCCAUCCAUCACGCUCAUCGCCAGCACCGCAGACCUCAACUGCCUCCCCAAGGACCUGCCCGGAGACGCAUGGCUCGACUACCACCGCUACGACCGGCCCGACGCCUUUGUCGAGGCAUUCAGCUUCUUCGACAACAUCCCGCGCACAAACAAGUACAUAAUCAACGAAUUCGCCGCGAUAUACCACAACAACGGCACGCGCGCAACAUACCCAACAAUGCGGUCCGCCGUCGCAGAAGCAAUCUACAUGAUGGGCGCGCAGCGCAACUCAGACCUCGUCCAGGGCCUCGCCUACGCGCCCCUGAUCGCCCACCUCGCCGCCGUGGACCUCUACAACGCCUGGACGCCCUCGCUGCUCUCCUUCCGCAACGACCCCCCUGUCACCAUCCUAUCGACGAGCUACUUUGUCCAGCAGAUGUUUGCCCAGGCGAGUGACCCCACGGACAGGUAUGUGGAUGUUGUGGCGGAUGGGCCGCUUGGGCCGACGGUGUUUUGGGUUGCGUCUGUGUCGAGUGGUGGGCAGGGGGUGGUUAAGGGGGCGAAUUAUGCGGGGGUGGGGACGGCGUUGAGGGUGAGGUUUGCGGGAGGUGUGGAGGGGACGAAGAGGGCGAGGGUGGUGGUGUUGAGUGGUGAUGCGGAGGCGAGGAAUGAUGAGGUUGAUCCGGGGGCGGUGAGGCCGGUGGAGGGGGUGGUGGAGGAGGGGGCGGAGGGGUGGUUUGAGGUGGAGAUGCCGGCGUGGUCGGUGGUUGUGCUUGUUGCGGAGUGA